UAAAAGUCUCCUGUGCGCUCGUGCCCUCCCGUUCGUCCUCAGUGCAGGAUAACGAGAACAGCUUGUUAGCUUCAGCGCCACUUUAACGCGUUUAAACUCCAAACAAAUCACCAAUAAACAUCUCUGACUCCUACAGAACAGAGCAGUAAAUCCUCAGAUUCGGACCAUCAUGGACGCCAUCAUCCGCUGUCCUUUCCUGUCCCUCGUCCCCCAGACGUUCCUCCAGCAGGCGAGGAAGACUCUGGUGAGCUACGCCGUGAAAUGUCCCGUGAUGAUGGACCUGGCAUCCAAGCCGCUCGUCCGCUCCGUCUGCUCCUCUUCCUCUCUCUUCCAGAAGAGUGAUGAUGUCAUCAGCACGGAGGCUGAAAAAGCCCCUGAAAUGCCGGCAGGUCACCCCAAACCUGCAGCGGGGACAACGGCGUCCAAGUGCCCCUUCCUGGCAGCUGAGAUGGGUCAGAAGAACAGCGGCGUGGUGCGCGAGGCCAGAAUGGAGCUGCAGGAGGACGUCUCUGAAAUCCGAACCGUGCAGCAAGAUGUUUCUGCAGUGGAGCUGGCGAAGAGUGUGAAGCCUGAUGGGAGUCUGCUGAAGAAACUGAUGAAGCAGCGUCCAACAAGGGUUUCGCAUCUGCUACAGGAGAACAUGCCUAAAGCCGUCUCCAACUUUCGCUAUGACGAGUUCUUCGAGAAGAAGAUCGAGGAGAAGAAAAGCGACCACACGUACCGCGUGUUUAAGACGGUGAACCGGCGCGCCACCGAGUUCCCCAUGGCAGACGAUUACUCUGAGUCUCUGAACUGUAGGAGAGACGUGUCUGUGUGGUGCAGUAACGAUUACCUGGGGAUGAGUCGCCACCCGCGUGUGGUUCAGACCGUGAUGGAUACGCUACAGAAACAUGGCUCAGGUGCUGGAGGAACGCGGAACAUAUCAGGGACGAGUAAAUUUCACGUGAAUCUGGAACACGAGCUCGCUGGCCUUCACGGGAAAGACGCAGCGCUGCUUUUCACUUCCUGUUUUGUGGCCAAUGAUUCCACUCUGUUUACUCUGGCCAAGAUAAUGCCAGGAUGUGAGAUUUACUCGGAUGCUGGAAACCACGCUUCCAUGAUCCAGGGGAUACGUAACAGCGGUGCAAAGAAGUUCAUCUUCCGUCACAACGACGUGAAUCAUCUGCGUGAACUUCUGGAGAAAUCGGAUCGUUCCGCUCCGAAGAUCGUGGCCUUCGAGACGGUGCACUCUAUGGACGGAGCCGUGUGUCCCCUGGAGGAGAUGUGUGACGUCGCGCACGAGUUCGGAGCCAUUACGUUUGUGGAUGAGGUUCAUGCUGUGGGUUUGUACGGUGCGAGAGGGGGCGGCAUCGGGGACCGCGACGGAGUCAUGCACAAGAUGGAUAUCAUCUCCGGAACGCUCGGGAAGGCAUUUGGUUGUGUAGGAGGCUACAUUGCCAGUACGAGUACGCUGGUGGACACGGUGCGCUCGUACGCCGCAGGCUUCAUCUUCACCACGUCUCUGCCUCCCAUGCUGCUGGCCGGAGCUCGAGAGUCCAUCCGCAUCCUGAAGGGAGAGGAAGGUCGUGUGUUACGCCGUAAACACCAGCGCAACGUUAAACUGCUGCGGCAGAUGCUGAUGGACUCGGGGCUGCCGGUGGUGCACUGCCCCAGCCACAUCAUUCCUAUACGGGUUUCGAACGCGGAGAAGAACACGGCCGUGUGUGACAUCAUGAUGAACCGCUACAACAUCUACGUCCAGGCCAUCAAUUAUCCCACCGUUGCCCGUGGCGAUGAACUCCUCCGCAUCGCUCCGACGCCACAUCACACACCGCAGAUGAUGAAAUAUUUUGUCGAUAAGCUGUUGAAGGCGUGGCAGGAAGUGGGCCUGGAGCUGAAGCCUCACUCCUCAGCCGAGUGUAACUUCUGUCAGCAGCCGCUGCACUUCGAGGUGAUGAGCGAGAGAGAGAAGUCGUACUUCAGCGGUCUGAGUCACCCCGUGUCGGCCUGCGCAUAAAACACUAAUCACUGCACCCGUAAUCAGACAGAUUUUAUUUACUCAUAUAUUCUAUAUAAAUAUCUGAUUAUGUAGGUGAAAUAAACACUUACCUGAAUCUGA